UCUAACUGGCCAAAGACUGUCAUUCCAGCAUCAUUCCCCAAAAAUUCUUUGGACGUUUUAUAUGCUUUUACAACAACAACAACAAGCCAAUAAUGAUUGUCAUUCCCACGACAGUCGGGUCUACACAGGAACGUAAUUCUUAAAACUAAAACAAUAAUUCUCAAAACUAAAACAAUAUCAGUGCAAAUGCAAUAUUCAUAGAAUGUGUCGUAAUUUCAAUAUUUUUCUCACGAUUUCAAUGCUUGCAACAGAAAAAGGCCCACUGUGGCUGAGAAAACAGAUUUUUCAAACGCUUGCUGGUAAUAAAAGUUGAUUUCUUAUCAAUUAGAUUUGUGCACAAAGUCUUAAAACAGCUUUUUUGCACUAACUGAAAAUAAUAUGGGCAGUUCCAGACUUUUUAAGCGUACCCAUUUAGAAUAUUUGCAACCGCCUAGCUUGCAAGUUGCUGGCAGUGGUGAAAAGGCUUAGCUCCGCAUAUUUUUAAGUAAUCACUGUGAAAAAUAGUAAUACUUAAAAUAAAAUAAAUUUAAAAAAAUGCAAGAUCAACAUUUAAAAGACUUCCUUAAAGAGUUCAAUAUCAGCGACUCACAAAUACAGGAAUUGUACAAACGUUUCACACUCGAAAUACGCAAAGGUCUCUCAAAGGCGACACAAAAACAAGCCGAUACGAAAUGUUUUAUGACUUAUGUGCAAGACUUGCCAAGCGGCGAUGAGAAGGGUGAUUUUUUAGCUUUGGAUUUGGGAGGCACAAAUUUUCGCGUUUUACGCGUGUCACUAAAGGGACAUCAUGAAGCUGAAAUCGAUUUUAAGGUGUAUGCUGUGCCCAAAGAAAUUAUGACGGGACUGGGCACACAACUCUUCGAUCACAUUGCUAAUUGUUUGGCAGAAUUUGUUAAUGAAUAUUCACUGGGCGAUCAACAUUUGCCGUUGGGUUUCACAUUUUCAUUUCCCUGCAUACAGUUGGGCUUAACGAAAGGUCUGCUAGUGCGUUGGACAAAGGGCUUUCAGUGCGCAGGUGUGGAAAACGAGGAUGUGGUUAGUUUGUUGAAAGAAGCUAUAGCGCGGCGUGGUGAUUUAGUGAUCGAGGUAAUGGCUAUUUUGAAUGAUGCAACUGGCACGCUAAUGUCCUGCGCUCAUCGUAAUCCCGAAUGUCGCAUUGGUGUUAUUAUUGGGACCGGUUGUAAUGCCUGCUAUGUGGAGCGUGUGGAAAAUGCUGAUUUACUAGAGCCAGAGCACAAAGUUGAUAAAACUCAUAUACUAGUGAAUACGGAAUGGGGCGCUUUUGGGGAAAGCGGGCAACUAGAAUUCGUGCGCACAGACUACGAUCGGAAAGUUGAUAAAUCGUCGCUGAAUGCGGAUACACAGCUGUUUGAGAAAAUGAUUUCAGGCAUGUACCUGGGCGAGCUCGUGCGGCUGGUAUUGCACGAUGCCAUACAAGCAAAUUUAAUAUUUGUGCGCAGCAGUGACAAGAAAAAGUUUACUAAUGCUUUAGCCGAGAGAGUAGGCUGCUUUGAAACGCGUUUUAUAUCGGAAAUUGAAAAUGAUAGCUUUCCAGACUUUCAACAAACACGCAUCAUACUCAAAGAAAUAUUUGGAUUGGAAAGGGCCUCAGUAGAAGAUUGUCAAAAGCUCCGAUAUAUUUGCGAGUGCAUUUCAAAGCGUGCAGCCAAAUUGGUGGCAGUCGGUUUAAGUGGUCUAAUCAACAAAAUAGGUGAACCACAUGUAGUGGUUGGUGUAGACGGCACCGUUUAUCGGUGUCAUCCUCAUUUUGACAAAUAUAUGCGUGAUGCUAUGCGGAAAUUGGUAAGUCCGAAAAUAACUUUUGACCUAAUGCUUUCCGAGGAUGGUUCUGGCAGAGGUGCAGCGUUGGUGGCAGCAGUGGCCAGCAAAAAUUAAAAUAAUACACAUAAAUAAAUCUAUACAAAUUUAUAUAUAGUACUUUGUGAAAUAUAGGGAAAUGUUAAUAAAAAAUACUGCAAA